AUGAGUUUGGAUGGGGUUGUGGAUCGUUCGGAUCCUGAUAAUCAGCCGCUGAUACGCAUAGCACCUAGCCUUUGGACAGCUAUCCGCCGUGCUACUGCUGAUGGAUAUAAUCAAGCCAUCAAAUUCGUUGGAAAGCGGAUCCCUGCCACAGUCCAGACUGGUGCUCCAAUUGCUCCGAGUGUUGUUCAGAUUGAAGCCGAAAAAGAAGAUGCCGCAAUCGAAGCUGCCGCCGCAAUAUCUGAAGUUGCUGCAGCAAUUACUGAAGCACCUGUCACUGCUUCUACUGCCAUCAAGGCCCUUGCUGCGGUACCUGCACCUGUUGCCACCACCGAAGCCCCUGCCACUGCACAGGCACCCGCUACUGCCGCUGUCGAACCCCUUGCCACUGCACAGGCAACUGCUACUGCCGCUGUCAAAAUACCUGCCCACUCCUAUUACACAGGCACCUGCGGCUGUUGGCAUAGCACAAGCGCAUACCAAAGCCCAAAAGCAAGCAGCAGCGGAAGCCUCCAGAAAGUCUGCUGCAGAGGUCAGAAGGCAAGCUGA